AUGGCUUCGCAAACAUCCACUCAGCCCGAUCCAUCACAAGGUGCAGCACCAUCUAUACCAAGCCUCAAAGGCCAACUUCCCAAGCUCGAACCUCGAAAGCGACGCUCAGGUCCCUCCAAUCCGACUCCCAUUCCCGAGACGCCCGCCUUGCCCACGCCACCCGAUACUGCCGACUGGACUUUCAAGACGCCGUCGCGGAGAAUCUUGUCAAAGAAGGACCACGAUAUAUUCCUAUCCUCUACGACAUGUCAACUCAUCACAGCAUGGGUCUUUGGACUGGCAGAGUCUGUGGUUGACACUCCCAACUCUGCAGUCCGAGACGCCGACUUGAGUGGUCCCAUUAAGGCCAUCCUACAUAUCCUCGACGAGACGGAACAGCUGGUGACCAAGUCUCCUCCAAAUGAACAGGGUGGUUCACGGUUCGGAAAUAAAGCCUUCCGAGGUCUUCUUGAGCUGGCACAAAAUAACAGCGUCGCAUGGCAUCGGGAGAUCGGCGUGCAAAACGACGAUGCCAUCGCCGAGCUUUCUACAUACUUUUGCCAAUCUUUUGGUAACGGGAGCAGAAUCGAUUACGGUUCUGGACACGAGCUGAACUUUAUGAUUUGGCUCCUCUGUCUCUACCAACUGGGCCUGCUGAAACAAUCCGACUUCAAGCCCCUCAUCCUCCGCGUGUUCGUGCGCUACCUCGAGGUGAUGCGUGUUAUCCAAAUGACAUAUUAUCUCGAGCCUGCAGGAUCUCAUGGUGUCUGGGGACUUGACGACUACCAAUUCCUGCCUUUCCUUUUCGGCGCCGCACAGCUUUUGCAUCACCCAUAUAUCACCCCGCGGGCUAUCCACCAGGACCUGACUCUGGAGGAGUUCGGCCACGACUACAUGUACCUUGGUCAAGUCAGCUUCGUCAACAGCACAAAAACCGUCAAGGGUCUAAGAUGGCACAGUCCGAUGCUCGACGAUAUCUCGUCAGCAAGGUCCUGGACAAAGAUCGACGGGGGCAUGCGCCGCAUGUUCGUCGCUGAAGUCCUGGGCAAGCUCCCUGUCAUGCAGCACUUCCUGUUCGGGUCUUUAGUGUCAGCAGCUGAUGGGAUGAGCGAGGACACAGGUGCUGGGGAUGUUGAAGAUGCCGAGCACGAUCCGCACGAGGGCCAUGACCAUACCGGUAAGGCUCACGACGGUACUGGUUGGGGAGACUGCUGCGGUAUCAAGGUUCCUAGCAGCAUUGCUGCUGCUCAGGAGAUGAAGAAGAGAGGCAUGAGCCAAGGUCUGCGAAGAAUCCCAUUCGACUAA